CUGCAGUUGACAGUGCCAUUUUACAUUGGUGGAUUGAAAUAAUUUUCUACAGUAUUUGAUGGUUUUUUUUAUUAGAAAAUUAAGGAAAACUAAAUAAAAUUCUUUAAACAAUACUCUAAUGAAUUCUUACGAAUAUGACCUCGUCUCAACAAUUAACAAAAACUGCACCCGUCGAACAAAUGAAAUCACGUUUCUAUGGUGUAUAUUUGUUAUGCAGUCAAAGCCCUGAAAAGCGAUAUAAUGGUAAAUGUUACAUAGGUUUUACUGUAAAUCCGACACGUAGAAUAAAACAACAUAAUCGUGGCAAGGACUUCGGAGGGGCUAAGAAAACUAGUAACAAAGGUCCCUGGAAAAUGGUCAUGGUAGUGCAUGGUUUCCCAAACAAUAUAGCCGCGCUACAAUUUGAAUGGGCUUGGCAGCAGCCUACACUAUCCUCACGACUAAAGGUAUACCCAGAGUUGAAGAGAAAGUUGCCAAAGGAAACAUAUUUUCAGUAUAAUUUUCGAAUAUUAAGUCGCAUGUUGAAUGUGGGUCCUUGGCAAAGACUACCUUUAGUGGUACGUUGGUUAGAAACCGAUUAUGAAUGUGAAUUUGAUGCCUUAUUUGCUCCACCAAAACAUAUGAAAAUUGUUAAUGGCUCUGUUGCUCUUGAAAAGCCACAGAAAAAGAAACAGCAAACUACAUUGCCUCGUGCCAUAUGGGCACCAGAAUGUCAUCUUUGCAUGCAAACAAUACAGAAUGUUGAACAGUCACGUAUUGGCUGCUUGAAUAGCCUGUGUAAAUUAACUUGUCAUAUAAUAUGUUUAGCUAAUCAUAUGUUGUCGUCUGAUCCAUCUCAGAGAGGUCAUUACAUACCCAUAGCCGGCGAAUGUCCAUUGUGCGAAACAUCCUUGUUGUGGAUUGAAUUAUUGCAGAGAAAACGUAAAAUGCAAGGUGUAUUAAUGGAAGAGGAUGAAGAUGAGGAUUGCCAAGAUGACGAGGAAGAGAGCGACGAAGAUGAGGAACUAAAUAAUAUAAGUUUUACCCAAAUUGAGGAAAAUAUGGAGGAACCUUCAGAAUUAAUGGAUAUUUAUGAACUUAGUGAUUGACUAAUUUAUAAAAACGAAAAUCACCAAAAAUCAUAACCACUUACAUAUGUAUAUAUAACGCUAUGGCUAGGUAUAUUCGUUUAUUUCAUCUAAUCUUAUAAAAUAAUUAUAGUAAAAAAAAAAUCACUCCUUUAAUUUUAUAAACGAAUAUGAGAUCUUUUAAAAAUAAACUGUUAAAUUCUAUUAA